AUGUCAUCAUCAUCAUGGGCAUCCUUGUCUUUACCUGUACAUGACUGUUCUGCUCCUUCCUUGGACUUUGAUCUUCAGGAAAAGUUUAUUCUUCACACUGUUGAGGGAAAAACACGUGUGCCACCCAGAGAAACAGGAAAACUGUGUUCACUGAUUCAGCCAGAUAAAAAGGAUUGUCACAGAACUACACAAGCCAUCCAAGAUGGGAAGUGUUUUACUGAUCUGAGCAAAGAAUCUGACAGUCUAGAACACCAAUUAAACAGUAAAAAUAUUGACACUUUGAUGCAGGAGCUAAGUGAAAGUGAAAUUCAGAAUACUAAUCUCAGGAAAAAAAUACUUGAAAGGGAGAAACAGAUUAAAGAACUUUCAUCCAUGCUCCAGUGUGAAAAAAUCAAGAUACAGAGACGGGACCACCUGUCAAAAUCAGUAAAGGAAGUACAAGCUCACCUGCAGCGUCAGAUUGAAAGAAAAGAAGCAGAAAAUUAUGAAUUAAAAGUGAAAAUGCAGACUCUAAAAAAUAAAAUAGCAGAGUGGAAACAUCAAAUUGGUGAAUACAAGUGCCAGAAGUUAGCCUUAAAAGAAACAAGUGAGCAAAAGAAGAUAGCUCUGGAAAAAGCAAUAAGAUCCCAGAAACAAAGAGCUCAACUCUUAGAAGAAACUGUGAAAGAUGUAACCUCUAAAAUAAAAGAACAUGAAGUCAAACUGGGUGAGAUACUGUCAGCUUCUGAUGUCUGGAAAAACCAGCAUGAUAGAAUAGUUGAAGAAAAGACAAUGUUAGAAGUUCAAAUAGAAGGUCUUGAGAAUCAGAUCCGAGGCCUGAUGGAAGACGUGGAAAGAAGGGAGAAAUGGAGAAGAAACUCAGAAGAGGAAAUUCUUGGAAAGCUAAAUUCUGUUAACUCUGAAAAUGAAAAUAUUUACCUUGAAAACAAAAAAUUAAAGGCUUCCCUUGCUACAUUGGAGAAAAGUACAAUAUCUGUUGAAUAUGAGUUGCUUCAUCUGCAAGAAAAAGCAAAGCUACAGGAAAACCUUGUAGAACACAGUAAAAAUGAGGUACAAAAAAGACAAAUUGCUGUGGAAGAAUUGAAAUCCAGAUAUGAAACAGUCUUAAAUGAAAACACAAAAAUAACAGAAAACAAAUGCUUAGAAGCAGAUAAGGUGAGGCACAAAAUGGAGGCUGAGUUAAAGGAGUUAGAACAUGUUUGUGACUUGCUGAAAGCAACUGAGGAAAACCAGCAAAAACUUCUGGCCUGGGAAAGGAUCUGUGCACAGAAAUGCAAAACCCUCAGGGAGCUGGAGCUUCAGGAUAACCAUAGUGUAACUUCUAUGGGCAGUCUUUGCUUAGAAGAAGAGAUCUGUAACAUUCAGAAGAAAUAUGGAGAUCUUCAAAGGCAAUUAGGACAGGUGGAAUAUCAGAAUGAAGAACUUGCUUACCAGCUCAGGAAAGAAGAUGAGAGUCUUCAGAGCAGUAAAUUGCAGCUUGAAGAGAAAAUUGCAGAAUAUAAUGCAUUGACCAGACAACUUGAAUCUGCUUUGGAAGAAGGGAGAAAAAUGGUAGCUGAAGAAUGGGAAAAAAUGUCAUAUAGAGAACAAGCCUUUCAGACAAAACUGAUGCUUCUUGAAGCUGAAGUGAGAAAGAGGCAAGAAGAAAAAAAACAACUCCUCUGCUUAUUUCACCAUAAUGAAAAACAUCAUGAAGUACAUCUGAAAGAGCUGGAGAACCGCCUACAGAAGUCAGUGAUCAAGAACCAGAGCAUCCAGAAUUAUGUGCAGUUUUUGAAAGAUGCAUAUGUAACAAUGUUUGGCUGAAUUCUUUAAUCUAUUUUAUAGUAGAGAAACUUGUCAGGAUUGGGCUCCCAGUCUUGCUGAAGACUAAGCCAUUGAGGCCUUACAUUAUUUUGACAGAUUAAAUUUUUUGAUAAUUCUUCCCUAGGAAAACAUCUGUUGUGGGCAGGAGAAGCAGGUGAGCCAUUGCUGUGUCCCAGGGGCUGGGCACACGUGGGGAAUGGAGCUGGUGUUGCUGACAGAAACCUUUGUGUUCCCAUGGCACAGCAGGGCAGGGCUGAGUGCCCGGCAGCAGCAGCAGGUGUGUAUGUGUGGGUAUGCACACAAUGUCUGUCAAUGUCCUGGCCUGUAAAACCUUACCUGAGUCCUUUUAGUCCAUGGUAAAUGCAAAUGACCACAGAUUAUCUUUCAAUUCAAUGAUAUCUAACCUAUUAAAACAGACAAAAAUUGAGAUCAUUAGGUUCCUUCCCUUUUUUCCCCUGCAGUUUAGUCCCAGUAUAGUCCUACACUACAUGGAAGAGUUGCCACCACAAGGCUGUCCCAUCCAGCCACUUUUCUCUACAUCUCAUCAUUAUGCUCAGGAAUACACUAUAGUGGCAUUUUAUAAAUAUAAGUAGGAAAAAUUUUUAGAUACAGGUAUAGUUUAAGCUCUGGAUGUGCUGAUAUACCCUGGUGACACAGCUCCAGUGAGAUAUUUAAGUAUUUGUCUGAGUUCAAGAGCUGCUCUUCCAUAAGACUGACCUGUGCCUCAAGUAAAACACAUGUCAAUAUUCAGCUGAUACAGGAUUAAUAUAAGAAACAAUUCCUGAUCUAAUUUCAGUUCUAAAUUCUAAAUUCUAAGUUUUGUAGACAUAUGCUA